UCGUUCUCGUACGAGACUCUCUCUCCGUGGCUCGAGCCGAACGCAGCAGCAGCGGCGGCUACGACGACGGCCGACGAGAGUGACCGACAAGGACCGAGCGCACGUGGGCGGGGCGACGGGAGGGGGAGAGUAGCCGCGUACGCCGUGACUCGAGAAGUACGAGGGCCAACGAGUGCGACCGAGCACGACCGAGAGCGGUGCUUGGGUGGGAGGAUACAGUAGAGUGGAAGGAGAUAAAGCUAGUGCGUUCUCGUUGACGCUUAUUCGCGUACGCGACUCUAUCCGUGGCGCGAGCGAGACGGAGGCACUGCUGGCGACUGGAGCGAGCGAAAGAAACCGAUCGGUCGUGGGUGGGAGUUACAGGGUAGGAUUGGAGGGUAUUUAGCUAGCAGGGUCGCGAUCGGACACGCGAUCGCCGCGCGACACACGCGUUUUACCCAAAUGCCUGGCCGACGACAACAGCAACGGCUGGUUCCUCGCGACGCGUGCCUCUCGCGUGAUCGUCACGCGUGCUCGUGCUCGUGAGAGAGGUCAAGGGGAGUCCGGCAGACCUCUCGACCCCCGACUGCUCUAUUCUCCACCACCCCUAAGGGCUCAUACACGCCUAUAAGGCCUGUUUCUUCGUCCUUAGCGAACUCUACUGUUUUUGUGCACACAGUGUGUGUUUGUUUUGUGAGUGAACUUACUGUUUUCUUUACUUUCAUUUCUCUCUCUAUCUCUCUAUUCGGACCGGACCCAGUGAAUUUGUUCGAGACCUUUGAUUGAUUGACCACGAGCUGGAGCUGCGUGUAGAAUCAUGGACUGGAGAGUGGGACUGCUGCUGAUAUGUAUGCUCGCCGAGGAUACGGAGGCUCUGAGGAUGCUGGAGCUGGUGGUACCCCAGUACGUGGUCCGUGGCCAGAACAUAAGGCUGGAGUGUAACUUCAACCUCGACGGUGAGGCAUUGUACUCGGUGAAAUGGUACAAAGACGGGAACGAAUUCUAUCGAUACGUUCCCCAGGACAGGCCACCGGUGCUCGUCUUUCAGCUGCCAGGUGUCACGGCGAACAUUCAUAAUUCGACCGAGAGGUCCGUGGUCCUCUAUUCCGUGAACCUGAUGAGCACCGGAAGGUACAGAUGCGAGGUGUCAGCGGAGGCGCCGUCGUUCCAAACGGUAUCCGAUCACUCGGACAUGAUGGUAGUGGCCCUGCCGGAAGACGGACCCGUUAUCACCGGUAGACCAGGAAGGCAUCGUUAUCAGGUCCGCGACGUGGUGCGGUUCAAUUGCACCUCGGCCAAGUCGAAACCAGCUGCCAUGCUCAGCUGGUUCAUCAACGGAGAGCCUGUUGAUACGCAAUACUUGAGAGGGCCCCACAUCACCGAGGUGGAUCGCGAGGGUCUGGAGACGGCCGUGCUCGGUCUGGAGUUCCGUCUGCGUGCGAACCAUUUCAAGAGGGGAGACCUGAAGAUCAAAUGCCUGGCGACGAUAGCGACCGUCUAUUGGAAAUCGAACGAGCUCAGCAUAGAGGGUGAAAAGCCCCUCAAGAUGCCGGUAAUGGAGAGCAGGGAGACAAGGGCGCAAGGGCACACGCACGCGGAACAUAUCUUAGGAGGAAGCGGAAGUAGCGCGCUGGUGCCCUGCAUCAUACCACUGGUCACGUGUUUAUUGAUCCUUCGAUAAGAGGAAGAGGAGACACACGCGUCCUUCCUGCUCAUCCAUUUUCCAGGCCUCCGAAUGGUGUCAUGCGGAGACCAUUGUGUACUAAAUUAUCCGUGUUGUUUCUAUUUUUUAUAAUCGCAGUUAGCGGAGUUAGCGAGGACAUAGGCGAAAGAAUAUAUUAAACGAAGAUGUACGUCGGUAUGUUUAGAGAGUUAGAGGAUAGCAGGUGAACUCGUACUUAUUGGAUUGGUCCAUUAAUCUGUGCACAUAGAUUUCAUUUUUUUCUCC